AUGACCUGGCGAAAACCUUCAUUCAGUCCUGACCCUGGGAAAUAUGAUUCUUGUCGUGCCUGUGGGUACUACAAAAUGACUCGCCAUCAAGAAAUAUUUGACCCUAUUUCACCUUGGGAAAAGCACACCUGCGGUACACGUUCUAACCCCAGCAAGACAACGGUUACUAAGCGCACCCGUAUACGACAUCAGCCAGCCCUUCAUCGCUUCGAUGGGACCAUUCCUGCAGGAACCUUCAGUAAGGACGAAGUAAUAGCACUCACUAUGGGAAAUACCAUACCUACGUCGAGGCCCACUCUCGAAAUUCAACAUUCAACAUUGAUGUCACGAAGGAAAGAUGCCAUACGGAUCCUCAAAGGUCGAUUCAAUAUUGAUCUCGAUGAGGCUUGGUCUGUCAAUAAAGAACAGUAUGAAACUACCUUCCAAAGCGAGUUUCAGCUACUCAAAGACAUGUUGCAAGAGACGUGGGGUGUUGAAAUACCUGACGUUGGUCCCUGCGUCUGCGUUGACUAUCGGAAAUACAAAAAACUGCAGAAAGCGUUAGCCAAACGGAAACAGAACGCCCUUCGGUCACUCACAGUACAUGGACAAGCAGACAUAAAGUGUCCUGAAUGGAAUCAGGACCCUCGCAUCUUCAUGACAUUGAACAAUUUUGAACUGCACUCCUUCUGCUAUAGGGCUUUGGUCGAAGAUUUUCUUGCACUGAUUGAUGACUGUGAGCAACGCAGUACUUCCACACAACGGUUAAAGCAAGCCUCCCCACUAAUAGAAGAGCAAACACGAAGGAAGUCGGGCAUUCAUGCCAAAUUGCCAUCUUCCACCAAAGAUGUGCACUCUGAGACAUCGCAGAAGCCCAAGUCUGCAAAGGAGAUACUCGGAACUCAGACAAGCUCACAUCCGAAGGACCCUACCAUCAUGGGGCACCAUUUGACGACAGUCAAAAUUCCCGACUCAGACAGUUGCAAAGAUUGCGAGAAUAGGUUGGAAAAUUCAGUAGUCCAACACAAUUCUCAGCUAUAUACAAAGCUGCAACGGGAUGAUGGUUAUUCAGGGAAUCCACGCGACUGUAAAUGUGACUCACCUACCUAUGAAAUCCUGGUCAACUACAAGUCCUGCUAA